UGUCAACAUGAAACGAUUGCGGCGAUUAUCUUUGAAUGCAAAAAAAAUACAAUAAAUAUUCCAAAUUUCCAUUAAAAUGCAUGAUAUCCAGCUCAGUUUUGGAUUGAUUUGGUGUGCAGAUCGUUAAGUGAAAUAUAUUUGUUCUUGUGAAAAUUUCCGAUUUGAAGAAGAAAAUAUGUAUGGUGUCAUUCGACUAAUGCAUGAAGCAGCUACUUGUUUCGGAAGCGGUAUUUUGGGCUUGGGCUAUAUGCUCAUUAAUGAAAAUGGAAGUAGAAUUUUCAAAUAUUUUUCAUUUUCAUCAAUUGGUGCCGGCAUCAUGUACUUUUUGAUUCAACGAAAUCGUAAGAAAACUGUUAAUGAGCGCAACGUAAUAUUAAUCACAGGAUGCGAUUCCGGAUUAGGAUUCAACAUGGCUCUUUAUUGUAAUCUGAAUUUGAACAUGUUUGUUUGUGCGGCAUGUUUGAAUACCUGCUCAGAAGGAGCUCAAAAACUACUUGAUCAAUGCAAUCCAAAGCGACUUUUGCUCGUUGAAUUGGAUAUCAGAAAGAGUGCUAGUAUUUUGCACAUUGAGAAAACUAUCAUGAAUCUUCUCUCCAGCGAUAGUAAUUUAGAGUUCAGCUAUCUAGUAAAUAAUGCAGGCGUCAUGUGUUUUGGUGAAUUCGAAUGGCAAACAAAUGCCAUAAUCGAACAUCAAAUAAAUGUGAAUCUUUUUGGAACAAUGAAUUUCACCAGAAGCUUCUUACAUCUGGCACGGAAAUAUAAAACGAGAAUAAUUAACGUUACUAGUCACUGUGCGAUAGAGGCAUUACCCGGUCUGGCGACUUAUGCGGCCACGAAAGCUGCUCUCAGAUUCUGGAGCGAUGCUCUCCGCGUUGAAAUGAAGAAAUAUGGCGUAGAUGUUGUCAACUUCAUUCCUGGCUCACAAUUUAUGAAUACAAGUAUAGUAUCACGUCAAAAACAAUAUGCUUCGGAAAUGUUGGCAGCAUUUACAGAUGAACAAUUGGAAUUUUAUGGUGACUAUUUUGAACGGUACAACAAAUAUUUAAGCUAUAUACCGAACCAUUCAGUUCAAGUAAUUUCGGAUAGUAAUUUAUUCAACGAAUUUGGUAAUACAAUCCUUGAUUAUACACCACGGGCUAUAUACAAAUGCGAACCAAUCAAGUUAGUAUAUUUGUACGAAAAUUAUUCUUACAAUUUUCUAACAAAUUAUUUCGCCUGCAUUUUAGAUAUACCAUCUACCACAUUUUAUUUAAAUACAGUCCUGUCUUUCUGCGUGAUUUGCUAAUCAUUAAAUUUGUAAAUAUGCCAGCAUACGAAACCAGAGAAGGAUUGAUCAAACAAUAAAACUACUCAACUCAAUACGUUAUCUUUUUUACUAAAAGAUUGACCAUACUCUUACAUACUUCUUUACUUCAUUUAAACUGGUAUUGUAGUUAAUAUUUAAAUAUCUCAAUUUUAUGGGUAUUUUUCAGGAAUAUUUAUCCAUUUGAAAAUGUUAAAAAGUACCAUUAUUACCGGGCAAACCAGGUGUUUGCAGUAUAGUUCAUACGUUAUAUCCCAUUUUACGAUGUAUCAAUAAACUGAAGCUAAGACAAAAUUGGUAUAA